GGGUAGGGAUGUAGCUCAGCAUCCCCUGGGUUUAAUCCUCAUUACUGAAAAGAAAAAAAGAUGAUAAACUUUAGUUCACUAAGGAGAGAAAAAAGCUUCAGGGUGUUUCUAAGGCCUUCAUAUUUGUGGAACGUGACCUGAUUAGAUUUUUUGAUGUUGCCUUUAACAAAAAUGUAAGUAAAAUGUAAAAAUGGAAAAAGGACAUUGAUAGGAUGAUUUUAUGACUAGAAAAACUGAAGGCUGAUGGGGAGGAGCUUUGACUGAGUAGGGCUGUGAAUCUUAGUUCUUUAGUAAAUUUCCAGGCUAUUAGCAAAAAAUGAAAUUAAACAUUAAAGUAGUUUAGCUAUCUGCAUUGGAAUCUGUGUUAAGUGUCUCUCAGGAGACAAGGGAAAUCUUAAAGCAGUUGGUGAAUCUUGGCUAUAUUUUAAAACUAUGGGGAUUGGGGGGGUCUUUUUAAAAAAUAACCUUUCCUGAGGCUUUUCUGCUCUAUCUGUAAGUGAACAGACAUUUGGGUAACAGCGAUAUUCUUACUUUUCCUUAUACGUAUGACUUUUGCUCUCUAAGAAUCUUUUAAAAUUUAUUUACAGAUUCAGUAUCCCUUAUCUGAAGUGCUUGGGACCAUAAAUAUUUCAGUUUAGCGGGCAUUUUGAUUUUCGAUUGGCAUGCUUAAUCUGUACGUGCAAAUUGACUACAAAUACAAAAUAAUUCUUAAUCAGUUUGUAAUAUUUGUGAAGUUGUUUUAUCCCGAUCUUACCAGUGUUGACCUAACUAGUGAAGAAACAGCUGACUCCAGUAGUUCUAAAAUCUGCUCAUUUGAAAACACUAAGCAAGAAGAUGGGAGCAUGUUCUCUUUCAUCACGUGGAAUAUUGAUGGAUUGGAUCUAAACAGUCUACAAGAAAGGGCUCGAGGAGUGUGUUCCUAUUUAGCUUUGUACAAUCCAGAUGUGGUAUUUCUGCAGGAAGUUAUUCCACCUUAUUAUAGCUACCUAAAGAAGAGAGCAAGGAGCUAUGAGAUUAUUACAGGUCAUGAAGAAGGAUAUUUCACAGCUAUAAUGUUGAAGAAAUCAAGAGUGAAAUUAAAAAGCCAAGAGAUCAUUCCUUUUCCAAGUACUAAAAUGAUGAGGAACCUUUUGUGUGUGCAUGUGAGUUUGUCUGGAAAUGAACUUUGCCUUAUGACUUCCCAUUUGGAGAGCACCAGAGGACAUGCUGAGGAACGAAUGAAUCAGUUAAAACUGGUGUUACAGAAAAUACAAGAGGCUCCAGAGUUGGCUACAGUUAUAUUUGCAGGAGAUACAAAUCUAAGGGAUAAAGAAGUUACUAAAUGUGGUGGUUUACCCAACAACAUUUUGGAUGUCUGGGAGUUUUUGGGCAAACCUGAGCAUUGCCAGUAUACUUGGGACACCCAGAUGAACUCUAAUCUUGGAAUACCUGCUACUUGUAAGCUUCGUUUUGAUAGAAUAUUUUUCAGAGCAGCAGCAGAAGAGGGACAUAUUAUUCCCCGAAGUUUGGACCUGCUUGGGUUGGAAAAACUGGACUGUGGUAGAUUUCCCAGUGAUCACUGGGGUCUGCUGUGUAACUUAGAUGUCAUAUUGUGACUACUUUUCAAAUAAGAGUUUUCGAUAUUUUGUAUGGAAUUUUGCAGAUAUAAUUUCUACCUAUCUGGAAAGGUCAAUUUAAUAUGGAGAAAUUAAUACUGUAGAGUGAGUCAUUAUUACAGGAAAAAAUGGUUAUGAUUUUAUGUUGUAAAUUGUGCCCUCAGAAUUCAGAAUCAGUGUUUUUUUGUUUGUUUGUUUGUUUUU